AUGCCUAGCUUAACCACGACAUACACAUCAGAUCCCACUCUAGAUAGAUCCUUAGACCACCUAAUAGAUCAAAGUUGGAGCAAAUGUUUUGGAAAAAUAGACAAGAUUGAUAUGGCGCAAUUGUUCAAUCUUAUUAACGAUGUACAAAAGGUGUUAAAGAUUGAAUCAUUAUUCACUUCAACUGAGUUGAAAAACAUAAACCAUUUCAAAAAUCAAAGCUCCCACUUGAAAUUCACCAAAUCAGAUGCAAAAAGGUUUAUUUUGUCUGUGACUGGUGCUGAGUCUUUUGCCAGUUUACUAAAAGAUCGGUUUGGAUUAUCGAAUGAAGUUGUGAGAGAAAGAAUAUAUGAUUCUAAAUCAUCAUCUAAUGAUGCGUUUCGAUUUUGGAGGAAUUCUCAAAAUAAAAUUGAACUGAGAGCAAGGUCAAUCAAGGAUGAAGAAAUUGAUAAUUUGAGGAAGGAAAUUGCAAUUAUGCGACAAACUAACAACGAAAAGGAUAUUCAAUUGAAGAUAUCGGAACAGGAGAUUGAUAGAUUGAAAACACGACUUGCUGAUUUGACCACGCUUUACAAGAAUGGAGGAGAUAAUAGAGCGUCCUUGGUUGCCCAAUUGGCUGAUAGAGACGCUGCAUUAAUCGAGCUGACGCAGCUUUGUAAACAAUACAAAGAUGCAUGUAUUGAAUAUAAGCAACGAGAGAAGGAAACAGUAUUGGCUUUUAAAACGUUGGAGAGGGAAAUAGCAAGACAAAAUGACUUGAUACGGCUUUUACAAAAUCAGGUACCUGUUGAGAACAGCAACUCAAAAUCGAUCAAACAUUUCCUUUUGAAUUUACCAAUUGUCAAACAGAAUUACGUAUUUUUAAAGUAUAGGCACGAGUUAAAGAGUAAUAGGGCAUUGAUGAUAUCAAUAUUAAGUAUUAUUUGUUUGUUUUUGAUUGUGGUGAAUGUGGUUCAGGUUGUUUACCUAUCAUUGUCAAUGAUACUUCCAUUCGUUCUUGGUAAAGGUUCCGGCAUCGUUUACAUUAAUGAUAGGAUACGAUCACCAGGGUUAAUUGAUUUGUUGAGUAGUGUACCGACAAUAGAGAAAUUUGUGUACGAUUAUAUAGACUGGUAA